AUGAAGCUUCCUCUCACUAUCCGGUUGCUGCUAGUCUUGUGUCUCACUCAGUGGGUGCACGCUGCUACCGUGAAAGUCACUGCCGUCUUAACUUGGGCCAAUAAGACUGUCGCAGGGGCUACCAGACCGGUCAUUCUUACCAAUGGACAAUAUCCAGGCCCUCCGUUGUCUUUGAACCAGGGAGAUAAUGUUCAAUUCAAAGUGGAAAACCGAUGUCCGUUUAAUGUAACGGUUCACUUUCAUGGAAUCGAACAAGUUGGGACGCCAUGGUCUGACGGAGUCCCUGGUGUGUCACAGGUGCCAAUUCAACAAGGUCGCUCGUUCCUAUACCGUUGGACGGCUGAUCAGUACGGCUCAUACUUCUAUCACGCUCACCACCGUGGACAGCUAGAAGAUGGACUUUAUGGCCCUAUCUAUAUUGCUCCAUCCAGCUCCAAAGCAAAGCCUUUCAGCUUGAUUACGAGCAAUGCCACUCAGCUUCAGGCAAUGCGCGCCGCAGAGGAAAAUACCUCGCCGAUGAUGCUUUCGGAUUGGCGGGUUUUGACCUCGGAGCAAAUCUGGGCUGCGGAGGAAGCAUCCGGCGUGGAUUCUUACUGUGCCAAUGCACUUUUGAUCAAUGGGAAGGGGUCGGUGACUUGCUUCUCACGGGAUGAGAUCGACAGCUUGACAACACCUAAUCAACGGGCUGCUUUGGGCAAUGAAACGCUUACUGACAUUGCGUGCUUUCCAGCAAAUAUCACUGCGGCUCAAGGUAGUUUCACCCAUAACUAUAGCGCGCUAUUACCUACCAUGUUUUCUGGUUGCACUCCUUCUCGUGGCCCUCAGGCAGUUUUAACGGUCAAGUCAUCCGCACAUUACGUGAGCUGGGAUUUAAUCAGCGCUGCGGGUCUUCUGCAUCUGACAAUCUCAGUCGACGAGCAUGAUAUGUGGGUAUACGCCAUUGACGGCCGCUACGUUCAACCCGUGCGAGUCAACGCAAUCAAUAUUCCCAAUGCAAACCGAUACUCGGUUCUCGUCCCCCUCAACAAACCCGCCGGAGACUACACAAUCCGCAUGGUCAGUGGAAGUCCACAACAAAUCCUAAACACCACCGCAAUCCUCCGCUAUAUCGCCGCACCUCAGCUCGGCCGGACAUCAAACCCAUGGAUAACACUAACCGGCGGCAACGCGACUGCCAGCACGAUAUUCCUCAAUGACACAUCCGCCAUUCCCUUUCCCAUCGUAACGCCCGCCGCAACCGCCGACGCGACCUACUUCCUAACAAUCGGCCACUAUGACGCCUCAUACCGCUGGACCUUGGCAAACAGCAGUUUCGGUCUGGGACUUGAAGAGUCCCAACCUCUCCUAUUCAACCAGAGCUCCGUACCCAGUGAUCUCGUCAUCCGAACAAUGAAUAAUACCUGGGUCGAUCUUGUCUUGCAAGUCAACUCACCAGUUCAACCAGCCCAUCCGAUUCACAAACACUCAAACAAACAUUUCCUCAUUGGACAGGGAAAUGGGACCUUUACGUGGUCGUCCGUCGCAGAGGCUAUACGGGAUAUACCGGGUUCCUUCAAUCUAGUGAACCCACCGUACAAAGACACGACCCCGACGCCUGCGGCGGUAACUGGGGCGACGUGGUCAGUUAUCCGAUAUCAUGUUGUCAAUCCUGGGGCGUUCUUGAUGCAUUGUCAUAUUCAGGUACACCAGAGUGGGGGCAUGGCGCUGGCGCUUUUAGAUGGAGUUGAUGCCUGGCCUAGUAUUCCAGCUAAUUAUCAGGGGAAUGCGUCUGGGUUUUGA